AUGUCGUUUUUCCAGAGUCACUUUAAUGGAGGGGCUGUGCCUACCAUACGAUCAACAAGAACAUUCAGAAGAAAUCCAGAACUAAGUCCGGCUUCAUCUAAAAGACAGCAGGAAUACUACCAGACAAUAAACUCAACAGGUGACCCCAACCAAAAGCGAGUGUCCAGUCACAAAGAAAUAAGAGAGUAUGCAGAACAAACGUUAGGGUCAGGAUCAGCUUUAGCACAGGCAGUGAAGCUUCCAAAGGGGGAAGAUACCAAUGAGUGGUUUGCAGUGAAUGUGGUGAACUUCUACAACCAGAUUAACAUGUUGUACGGAACAAUUACGGAGUUCUGCUCUCCUAAAACGUGUCCUCGUAUGAUUGCUACUCAAGAAUACGAGUAUCUAUGGCAGGAUCCGAUGAAUCGAAGAAAACCACCCGUUUCGAUGUCUGCCCCGGGAUAUGUUGAGGCACUCAUGACGUGGAUACAAGGAUUUCUUGAUGACGAGUCUGUUUUCCCAACGAAAAUGGGUGUGCCGUUUCCCAGACAGUUUCCAGCACUCGUCAAAACAAUCAUGAAGAGACUUUUCAGGGUUUAUGCACACAUGUACUGCCAUCACUUCGACGAAAUUAACGAAUUGGGGAUCCAGGCACAUCUUAACACGUCUCUUAAGCAUUUCGUGCUAUUCUGCCGUGAAUUUCACCUGUUACAACCAAAAGAUUACGGUCCAAUGGGAGACUUGGUCUCCAGAAUGCUCCAAGGUGAUACAAAGAAGAUUGGUAUACUCGACUGA